AGAGCCUCGGAGGAGAAGGGCUGAACUAACUUGGAUCUGGAAGACAAAAUGAAUACAUCCACCUGCACUCAACCCAAUAAGAAAUUAUUUGAACAUACAAUCCUGCCUGCUCUCUACAUCUUGGUGUUUGCUGUUGGACUGGUCCUGAAUGUAUGGGGAAUGAAGUCUUUGCUGCACAACUGGAAGAAACUUCGGAGUAUUAACAUUCUUGUUCUCAACCUUGGACUAGCAGACAUUUUGUAUCUGCUGAAUCUCCCCUUUCUCAUCGUUUACUACUUUAAAGGAAACAAAUGGAUCUUUGGAGACAGAUUCUGCAAGGUAACAAGAUUCUGCUACAACCUGAAUUUAUACGGCAGCAUCGGGUUCCUCACCUGUAUAAGUGUGUACCGGUACCUGGCUGUUGUCCAUCCAAUGAGAGUGAUGGGGAGAUUAACUACGACUCACUCUGUGAUCAUCUCGGUAAUUAUUUGGAUUCUGGUGAGUGUUGAGAGUCUUCCAGACAUGUUCUAUCCAAAAACUUACCCAAACGGAUCAAAAUGCUUUGACACCACCUCUUAUGAACAUAUUGAGAGUUACCUGGAUUACACCAUCGCAUGGACAUUCGUUGGAUUCUGCAUCCCUUUUGUCACCAUUGUAGGUUGCUAUGGACAUGUGACUGUUGUUAUCUGCCGUUCAGAUAUGAUGAAAAAAACCCAGAAACGACAAAUCUUAAAACUGAUGGCUCUACUGAUUCUUCUCUUCUCGCUUUGUUAUGCGCCGUACCAUAUUUUCAAGAACCUCAGCCUGUAUUCCAGAGCUCUGCGUAAGCAGAGGACCUGCCCCAAAUGGGACUCUGGAGUCUUUAUUGCCCGCCAGGUAACCCGUGGUCUUGUGAGCCUGCAUAAUGCUCUUAACCCGCUGGUUUACCUGUGUCUAUAUGAGGAAAUGGUUUCUCAGUUCAGGCAGCUGCUGAGGGGGGGGCACCAGAUCUUGAGUCGUCGUUUCAAGUCAAAAUCCAGCUCUGUGCCGGUAUCACAGGCUGAGCAAGAAGCUGGAAGUGAUUUAUGACAGCAAGUAAUGUUUUGUCAUGAAUUAAAUUGUAACAAAUAAUGUGAUGUCAAAAUGGUGUAAUCCAGUGCAAUGUGUAAUCUCUUUUUAACCUAUUUAUUGUCAAAAGUAUAAAGUUUUUGAAAACGUGUUUGACUCACUGUAGUUCAGAGAAUAGAAUACUUUUGGACCAAAAUGAUCACUGCAGUUCUUUCAACCUUCCACACUAUUUCUUCCUACUGACGAAGUGUAUUUUUGUUUUUGUAUGAACACUGCAUACUUCCUGUCUCAUAAAGUUCAUGGUAAAUUUUUCCAGGAAACCAUGUUGGUUAGUUUAAAGACAUGCUUAAUAAUAAUAUCAAGCAUGUCUUUAGUGAAUCAUACUGCGUAGACUAUGCUGAACGUCAUAGAAAUUUAAAUUGAAGUCUACAUAAGAUGUAAAAAAAAAUCCUUAUAUUAUAAAAGAAUGCAUUGGCUGGUUUUAUGUUGUUUUGUCAUAAACAUUACAUAACAUAUGGACUAUUUUUUUUGUCUGGAAUAUAUUUGUUUUAUUACAUCUACUACAAUUGCAUGUAUAACAACAAUACUCACAUUUUAAUUUUUCUUUUUUACAUAUUUUACCCUUAUAUUUUUAAUAUCACCAUUGUAUUGAAGAAAAAAGUUGUUAAGCAUGGUGGUGGCAGCAUCAUACUGAGGUUAUUUUUGCUGCUGGUAAAUUGGACCCUUUCAGAAUUAGAGGAAAUCCAUAACAAAUUCAAGUAUUUGUAGUUAAAAAAAAGAGAAAGUUUUACUGUCCAUAAUCCGUCCAACAUAAAAAGGCUUCAAAUGAAUCUUUGAUUGACUAUGUUUAUAAAUAUGACUACAUGUGAAUUCCUGAUCUUUGUCCUAAUUUAUUUAUAUUUGAAAUAAAAAUGUGAACAAAC